AGGUUAUUUACGAACAAAUUCAACUAUUACGUCGGACAAGGUUAAAUUCAAGCUGGAUUAUGUUCAGCACAGGCUUGAUGUCGAGCAUAAUAUUCGCCAGGCUACUGGGAAAAUGAUACAAAGCCAUGCUCAUGAUUUAAACGGUGUGGAUUCUGAUCAUCCUACAUAUACUGAAAGUGUUUCUUCCAUGAACUCCAAGGCUCGUUCGGAACUGGAAGACACCUUUCAGGCCGCCAACGCUAGAAUCGCUAUUUUUAACAAGGCUAUAUUGCGUUAUCAAGGUUUAAAUGUAGACGGUGAUAAUAUAGGUACGAAUACUGCUGACAAAAAUUCCACGGGUGCACUCAAAACAUCCAACCCUGAUUUGUCUCUGCCAAAAGUAAACAGAAAAAUUCUACCUGGAAAAAUCACAAUUAUUCCUAUUGAAACAUCUGGUCUUCCAGGAAAAAAGGCUUUCAACACUGAUAUUUAUCUAGAGGUUCGUGUGGAUGGUUUACAGAAAGCCAAAACUAAAACUACUCGCGGCAAAUGGACAGAUGAAUUGCGCGUUUCGUUUGACAAAGAUGCCUAUAUUGAGUUGGCAGUCUGUGAAAAAAAUGAUACUUUGCUUACUGUUCUUGGGUUCAUGGUUUCUGAUUUUCUUGACGAGCUUUCUAGCCAAGAAGAGACAGUGAUAUCUUCACCCAAGUCGGAUGGGUAUUUGAAUUUAAAUGCUCCAGUCCCGGUAAACCAUAAAAUGACCGAAGGUAUUGAAGAGCUUCUUGACAUGGAGCCCAUGGGUCAGAUUUGGGUCAAGCUCAAGUAUGGGUUACCUGAUAUUUCAAAGAAACGAUCCAUUACUGGAAUCCAACGUCGCGGAAAUGUGAAAAAGGUUGUUCAUAAACAAGGACACAAGUUUGCUCUAGUGCGAGUAUAUCAAGUUUUAAAAUGUGCAAGCUGUGGAGAUUUUCUCAUGAGUGGACGAGGAUAUCAAUGCCAAACUUGUAAUUUUACAUGCCACAAGAAAUGCCAUGAAAAUGUAGUGAUUGAUUGUAUAUCACAGGCAUCGGACGAGAAAAAGAAUGACAUGGAUAGUGGCAUUUCUCAUUUGGUAAAACAUCGCAUUCCUCAUAGGUUUGAACCAACAAGCAGUAUAUCUGUCAACUGGUGCUGCCAUUGUGGACUUAUGCUUCCAAUUGGGAAAAAGCAGUUUUUGAAAUGUUCCGAAUGUUCAAGUGCUUGCCACAAGGAAUGCAUGGCUCUUGUACCAAGUCACUGUGGUCUCCCCCUACAAAUGAUGAAUCAGUUGCGCAGUAUUGAAAACAUAGAGCGAACCAAGAGAUCGACCCUGAAGCAGGCACCUCCAAAGCAGCUUAUUCAGUCUAAAUCUGAAAACGAUGAAGUGGUGUUGCCACCUGCAAUAUCUACACCACCUAGCACAUCAGCAUUCAUUGCUGCACAGCCAUUGAAUGACCAAGUUUCUACAGUUGCUGCGCCAAGUCCUGCUGUUUUACAACAAGAGAGAAACAGUAUAAUUCCUGACGUGGUUCCAUCAAUGAAAAAGAUGCUUCCUAAAGAUCUGGUUAUUCCUCCCCACCACAAACAGGCUGUUGAUUCUAAUGUAGCAAAGCCUCGUAUGGAUAGUGUGAUGCCUUUCCGCAACGGACUGCGUGGGGUCGGAUUGGAUGAUUUUAAUUUUUUAGCUGUUCUUGGAAAGGGCAAUUUUGGAAAAGUUAUGCUGGCCGAGGAAAAGUUUACAAAAAAGCAUUAUGCCAUCAAGGUGCUCAAAAAGGAAUUUAUUAUUGAAAAUGACGAGGUUGAAAGCACAAAGUCGGAGAAGCGUGUAUUUUUGACUGCCAAUAGAGAACGGCACCCCUUUCUCGUAAACUUGCACUCGUCCUUUCAGACCGAGUCUCGUGUUUACUUUGUGAUGGAAUUUGUUUCUGGAGGUGAUCUAAUGUGGCAUAUUCAACAGCAACAUUUUUCAGAAAAGCGUGCUCGGUUUUAUGCAUGCGAGGUUUUAAUGGCAUUGGAGUAUUUGCAUCAAAACAACAUUGUGUAUCGGGAUUUAAAAUUAGACAAUAUCCUUUUGACUCCAGCCGGGCAUAUCAAAAUUGCAGAUUACGGUUUGUGUAAAGAAAAUAUGCCGCAGGGUGUAACUACUGGCACAUUUUGCGGCACUCCCGAGUUUAUGGCUCCCGAAAUUCUUUCCGAAAAACCAUACACUCGUGCAGUAGAUUGGUGGGCAUUUGGUGUACUGAUUUAUGAAAUGAUGCUUGGCCAGUCUCCAUUCAAGGGUGAGGACGAGGAAGAGAUUUUUGAAGCCAUUAUGCACUCUGAGAUCAACUACCCUUCACAUCUUGCACGAGAUGCAGUGAGCCUUUUACAAAAGUUACUUACCAAGGACCCUUCAAAGAGACUUGGAUCUGGUAAAAACGAUGCAUUAGAUAUCAAACAGCACUCCUUUUUUGCAGGUGUUGAUUGGGAGUCUUUGAAGCACCUAGAGAUCCCACCGCCAUUUAUUCCUACCGUGAAAUCUUCGACUGAUGUAUCCAAUUUUGACGAAGAGUUUACUCGAGAAAUGCCCAUUCUCACACCAUGUACAUCGAUCCUUUCUAUUUCAAAUCAGGAAGAGUUUCGUGGAUUUACUCAUAUAUCUGAUUGGGCCCAGGAAAUUCGCCGAAAAUAUGUCGAAAACUUGACUGGACAGCAGUAAUAGGGUGUAUUUGAGGUGGUUUCACCCAAUAUGAUUUUCUCUUUUUAUCUACAUUUGAAAUAGAUUGAUGGUAAAACUUU